UAAUUGUUACGUGAACUUUUUAAAUUUCAAGACUUUGGUCUUCCAUUGUUAUCACUUUUUAACGACUAGUUUGCUAGUUGAUUCUACUGAUCAAUUCUCAAUCAAAGUGACUUAUUUUCCAUUUAUUUGCUCAUUUUGCCACAAUCGGCGUGUUCAAAAUUUUUUCGUGUUAAAACUAAAGUAGCAAGAGUUUUAAAUAUUUUAAAAUCAGCCUUAUGAUAGUGGAUAAAAAACCAAGAGACAGACCAACAAAGGAUGUUUCUUUCAAAAAGACUAUCGUUUUGUCGCGUAGAUGUUUUUCAAAAGUGAAAGUUGCUACACUAUUUGUAGUUGUGACAAGAUUCAGAUAAUGAAGGAAAGUGGGCACAUGUGACCGGUGUUAAUUCUUGCAAUAUAUAUCUUCGCAAAGAUCUCAUUUCUCUUUGAAAGCGCUCACUGAUGGAGUUGAAGCUGUUUGAUCGGAUAAGGAGUUCCAGCCGCUGAUCACUAUGUGAGAAUCUAAAUUUCACACAUUUUAUUCGUCCGCUGUUUGAGCACCCUCUCUGUGGUGACGUGCAGAGAAGAAGUUAGAAAGCUCAUAACGCAUUGUUCAAGCUUACUAUUCGCUUAUCUCAAAGACCUUAGAAUUAACUAUGGAGACUGAAGGAGUCGGCACUGCUGAGUCAGAUGAUUCUGUUGAGAAAUGGUGGCAAAGUUUCUUAAAACAAAAACUUGCUGAUGAUGAAUUAGAUGCAGAACUUCGAUCUGCAUGGGAGAAUUGUGUUCAAAGACGGGCUAAAUUUGCUGAAGAAGUUAAACGAAUCUUGAAAUUAUACCAACCGAUUGAAAAGGUGCUUAGCAAUACAUUGGAAGCUGAUCGUGGACAGAGAGGUCAAAAUCUUUACAGAGAAUGGGGUCAAAUACGUCGGAAAGAAUGUCUACUGGCCUAUUACGAUAAUGAUACAUUUCGGGCUACAUAUACACGGCAAAGAUUUGUAAACAGUGCUACUAGUUUCUUACAAGCUUUAGUUUAUCGAAUUAUCCCCGAGAAUCCCGAUGUAGAAACCUAUCUACGACAUCAUGUUAGUCGUAUCAUCAGUAUAGGCGUUGGACCUGGACCAGAUAUAGCUGCAUAUUUAGCCUAUGCACGUUGUCGUGGUUUUACUCAACGUCUUGUCUAUUAUGCUAUGGAUCAAUGUGCUGGUUGGGCUAGUUAUCUAGCAGCAUUUGAUCGUCAAUGGUCAACAGAAUAUCAAGUAUCUGUUUGGUUCAAGUGUUUUCGUUUCGGUAAACGUGAAGAUGUACAAACUCUGCCUGACGCGGAUAUGGUCGUGUUCAGUUUUGCGAAUACAGCUCUAAUGGCUAGUUCUGUUUGGCCAUUACUGCAACAACGUUAUCGUUUAAUUGUAGUGUUAGAUGGCAUUAAAGAGGCUGUUAUUGAUAGUUUUCUCGACUCUGGAUUUAAAGACUUCACAUUGACUGAAAGAACAAAUGUCUACUAUCAUUUCAGUGGAUUACCAGAUGAUGAAUAAAUAGCCUGACUGCACCCUCGGCCCCGCCCCCCUCUACUACACUACACUACACUACACUACACCACGCUACACUUGAUUGCAUUUUGCUACGAAAAUUUUUUUUAUAAAGCAUUCAUGUACAUACAUAUAUAUAUGUACAUGUAUAUGUGUAUAUUUUGUCAUACUACUUACUUAUAUGAAUGGAAAACAAAACAAAGCACCAUCCCUUUUUGCUAUUCACCAUUGUCUUUUUUUGUUCUGUUUUCAAAUCGUUGUGUUUACUCCUUGUUUCAUCUUUUGUUUUCUCUUUUACACACACAAGAAUAUCACUUUUCUUGCAGAUUUAUCAAAACAGAAGACACCAGUUGCUGCUGUGUGUGCAGUGCAUAAAACUUCUUAUUUAUCUCAUGUUUAUUAUUAAAUAAGUUCAAAAUGAAUUUUGUUAAGACAGUAAAACAAAACAACUUUAAAUUGUUGAAUAAUAUUUACUUUUUAUGAUUAUGAUGAAAUUGUCUUUCUUCAUCAUGAAAUGUGCAUUCCAUUGUGUGUGUGUGUGUGCGUGUGUAAUUCAAAUUCAUCUCUAAAAUUUUCAAG